CUAUCAUAGUGGUCCAAUUACUACCUGUAACAAAUGUCUCAACAAACGAAAGAUACCACAACUUCACCCAGUCACCAACAGGGACAGCAGGAGCAACAAUUUAACAUCCUUCCUCAUCCUGCUCAAUCUAAUGAACCAGAAGACUUGGUCAGGCGGCCCAGGUGUGAUGCGGGCUUGACCAGCAAGCCCGAGUUUUACGCCUACCACGCUCGAGACCCGCAUGUGCCUAACAAGGACAUCGUCAAUAGCCUCGAAGCCCCAUUGAGUCGUGAAGAACUUCAUAGAAGGGCAGAGGAGCUCAACAAGAAGUAGGAGUCGCACUGG